UUCUUAUAACCCAACCCACAUUAGUACGCACGGAUUAUAUAUCUUAUUUUCCUCCCUGUAGUAGUGCUACUUAAAGAUCGAUGUGGUCUGUUUGGCUUUCUGUCAUUAGCGGCCUGCUUAUAGUGUUUUCCACCCAUUGGCUUUAUAGGUGGAGGAACCCUAAAUGUAAUGGAAAAUUACCACCCGGCUCUAUGGGUUUCCCACUUAUUGGGGAGACCCUCAGUUUUAUGGUCUCAAACAAGUCCAUAGACACACCACUUUUCGUGAAGAAAAGGAUGGAGAAAUAUGGGCCAAUAUUUCGGACAAGCUUGGUCGGACGGCCGGUUGUGGUAUCAUCUGAUCCUGAAUUCAACUAUCAAAUUUUCCAACAAGAAGGAAAACUGGUUGAGCGAUGGUACAUGGAUUCCUUCUCAAAGCUUCUGCAGGGCCUAGACGCAUCAGGAUAUAAUGCCCACAAGAACAUUCACAAGUACCUGCGAAAUAUUAUCUUGGGUACCUUCGGUACCGAGGCUCUCAAGGAAAAGUUGCUGCCCAAGUUGGAAGAUGCCAUAAACGAAAAGUUGCAGUGUUGGUCUAAGCUUUCCAGUUUGGAAGUGAAAAAAGGCACUUCAGCUAUGAUCUUUGAUUUUACAGCAGCGCAGCUGUUCAGUUAUGAACCAAACAAAUCAGGGGAAAAUAUUGGUGAAUCUUUCGACAACUUUUUGGAAGGACUCAUGGCAUUCCCCAUCAACAUCCCUGGUACUGCUUAUCAUAGAUGUCUACAGAACCAGAAGGCGGCGGUCAACAUAAUAACCAACACGCUAGAAGAAAGAAAACGUAAUCCUGAAAUUCGCAAAGGAGAUUUUCUUGAUCAGAUUUUGGCCGACAUGAAAACGGAGUCGUUCUUGACCGAAAAAUUCAUCAUCUACAUGAUGUUUGGGCUCAUCCUUGCAAGCUUUGAGACUAUAUCAGCAACUCUUACAUUAGCCAUUAAGUUAAUUACAGAUAAUCCUAAAGUUCUGCAAGAAUUAACGGAGGAACAUGAAGCAAUUCUUAACAACAGAGAAGAUGCCGAUUCUGGACUCACAUGGAAGGAAUACAAGUCCAUGAAUUUUACCCAUAACGUUAUCAAUGAAUCACUUAGGCUGGCCAGUGUUGCUCCUGGGAUACUGAGAAGAACACUUCAAGACAUUCAAGUAAAUGGGUAUACGAUUCCAAAAGGGUGGACACUUAUGGUGGUUCCUUCUGCAAUUCAACUGAACCCAAGAACUUAUGAGGAUCCUCUAGCCUUCAAUCCUUGGCGAUGGCAGGACAUCUCUGCGAACGUCACAGCCAAGAAUUUCAUACCAUUCGGGGCAGGCAUGAUGUCAUGUGCAGGAGCAGAUUUCAGCAAGGUUCUCAUGGCUGUUUUCCUUCAUGCCUUGGUCACGAAAUACAGGUGGACUGCUAUCAAGGGAGGCGUGGUGAUUCGGUCCCCUGCUUUAGGAUUCGGAAAUGGUUUUCACAUUCAGGUUGAAGCAAAGCAUGAUGGGUGAUCAUGCAUGAUCUAUAUAUAUCUGAUGGAUCGCCAUGGACGCAGAGCAAGACGGCCAUCAUGCAUGUAUACACACACACAUAUAUUCGAUCGAGUCAAAUAAUCAGUACUGCCUUGUUCCAUAAUAAUAUACCAUGUGUAAUAUAUGUUAAGAAAGUUGAGUA